AUGAAGACAACCCAAUUCAUAAUUUUCAUCCUCAUCAUCACCACCAUCUUUGGCUUAUCAGCCAAAGUGAAUUCAGAGACAGAUUCUUGCAGCUCAAGUCUCAAUCUGCAGAAUGUCAAUUUGCCCUUUGAUACAGCUUCCCUCCACUGCCUUUCUGUUUGGGAUGCUCACAAUUACAUCCUCAGAUACUCACAGACCUCAUCAAACAUAUGGACCUUUGUCCUCUCAACACCAGCUGUAAACUCAUUCAUAGCAAUGGGGUUCUCAAGCAAUGGACAGAUGGUGGGGUCCAGUGCAAUUGUGGGGUGGGUGUCCUCAACAGAACGCACGAUCAAACAAUAUUUCUUGGGUGGGACUUCAGCAAACCUUGUGGAGCCUAACAAAGGGAACCUUCAGGUUGCUAGCAACUUCUCUUUAAUUUUAUCUCAGUCCUCUCGUCUGUACCUUGGCUUCCAGUUGGAGACCAGCCAGCCACAGACAAGGCUCCUAUACUCUGUUGGUCCAGAUGGGUUUCUGCCUGUGGCACCAGACUACAGGUUGAUCCAGCACAGUGACAAGUUCUCUACCUCCAUAAAUUAUAUCACAGGUGAGUUACAUCAUCUCAACUCACCCAUGUUAAUUAAGGAGGAGAAGUUACCUUGCACUCAACGUCAGAAGUCAAAGCACAUCGAGCUCACAAAGUCCAUAUUCAAAACUGAGGAAGAGCCAUGGAGCGCUGAACAUGCUAGGAUGGGGCAUUUUGCUGAUAAUUGGAGUGUUGUAUGUGGAUUUGUCUUGAACAAUAAGCUCAAUGCUGAUGUCUCCACCCACAAAGCUCUUGGUAUCAUCAUUCUUGUGCUUGGAUGUCUUCAGGUGAUGGCCAUUUUGGUUCGACCAGAGAAGGAGUCGAAAACACGAAAAUACUGGAAUUGGUACCAUCAAGGCGUGGGAAGGAUUCUCAUCAUUUUUGCAAUAGCAAAUGUUUUCUAUGGGAUUCAUUUAGGAGAAAAAGGAAAGGCAUGGAAUGCUGGCUACGGAGCUUUUAACUAG